CACGAUGUAACACUCAUUGGUAAAUCAUACAAUAAUUGCUUCAUACACAGGAAAAGAAAAUCCGACAUUACCAUUUUGUCGGGCAGUCGCUCUAGUCCCGAAUUAGCAAUAAAGUAUCAUAUCCAAACGGUGUUGACAAGGACUCACCCUAGCCUUUCAAGUCAGAAAUGAAUUCUGCGUUUCCAAACCAUGUCACACUGUGACUGGACCAAAUGGCGAUGUGAGCGUUUUACUUGGAAAGGUUCCACAGCUGUAUCCGCUCUGGGGAGGGAAGGGUUAACUGGGCACGGACCCUUUGGAAAGAAGCCACCCGGGCGUCCAAUGCACCUUUGAAUAAAAUGCCUCGCCUUCUUUGACACUCGUUGAAGCCUUUUACUCGGACUCUCUUUGGUACCGGAGUAACCUGCGCUUCCGAUCCCGCGUCUUAAUCUCCUGCAAACGCGAGGAUGUACUGCAAGCCAAAAGCAGCAAAGGUCAGAAAGACGGAUCGAUGCCCGUGAUCAAGUAGACACACAGCCCGUCCGAACAAAAACACCUUUUUGCAUGAACGCCGGCUGGGAUUGGUCGUCCACUCGGUCUCGUCCCGAGGACUCAGGAUGAGGAAAUCGAAAAUCAUUCGAAUGCUUUUUGCUUUAAGUCUAGGAUGCUUCUUGAUGGUCAUUUUCUAUUUCAACAGCAAUCUAAAACCAGCCUCCGCCUCGGAGCAACUUGGGGAAAGAAGCGAUGGGCAGAAGCCCAGGAGGAGUCCUCUGCAGACACUUUAUGACGGUGACCAGGUCGAGUCAGCAGUGCAGGCCAUCCAUCAAGGCCGACGGGAGUUUUUAGAGGAAGCCUGCCGCUCCUACACCCGAAAGCGUCGAGUCCUUAUCCCGGAAGACCUUAAGCACGUCAUUGUGGAUGACCAGCACGGUUUGCUGUACUGCUAUGUACCCAAAGUGGCCUGCACCAACUGGAAGCGAGUACUCAUGGUCCUGACCGGCGCGGCCGGAUCCCGCCGAGACCCGCUGGAGAUACCGGCGAACGAGGCCCACGUGUCGGGAAACCUGCGCACCUUAUCCGAGUACUCGGCUUCCCAGAUCAACCAGCGCUUGCGCUCCUACUUGAAGUUUGUGUUCGUACGCGAGCCGUUUGAGCGGCUCGUGUCCGCCUACCGCAACAAAUUCACACGGAGCUACAACACGGCUUUCCACAAACGAUACGGCACCAAGAUCGUACGCCGGCACAGGGCCAACCCGCAGCCAGACGCUCUGGAGAAAGGCGACGACGUCUCCUUUGACGAGUUCGUGUAUUACCUCGUGGACCCGGCCACCCAGAUGGAGGAACCCUUCAACGAGCACUGGGAGCGGGUGCACUCGCUGUGCCACCCCUGCCUCAUCCACUACGACGUGGUGGGCAAAUACGAGACGCUGGAGCAGGACUCCAGCUACGUGCUACGGCUGGCCGGCGUGGAGGACCGGGUCCGAUUUCCCGCCUCGUCCAAGAGCGCCAGGACUACGGGAGACGUGGCAGCACAGCUCUUCCUCAACAUCAGCCCCUUCUAUCAGAAGAAGCUGUAUAACCUCUUCCGCAUGGACUUCCUCUUAUUUAACUACUCCGUGCCAGCAUACCUCAAGUUGUGACGAGCCAGAGGGGGCGCGUUGGGCAUCCGCAGGCGGCGGAUGAAGACGCCGUCGGACAACACCAAUAAAGCGGACGAUUGCCGACAAAUGGUGUACAUACUUUUGUUUGCACAGGUGAACCAUUGCAUUGUCGGCACAGCUGAGUUAAACCCAAGGUGAAACUCGCUACUCAUUCACAUUGGACUGUAAAGAGUGAUCAAGUGAGUCCUCGUCUGUGAUUGUGUGAGCAAUUCCAUUUCCAAUUUGACGUGUUUGUUUUUUUUUUUCCCUGGUGAAUUCGCACAACAAAUGUGAUUUGUCUUUUGCGGGGGGUGAGGUGACAUCACAAUAGCACAAUGAAUGUUUACGAUCGCAUUUGGACAGUGAAUGUUUCAUGAGUGCCUUUUGACGGUCAAUCGCCAGAGAAAAUCAUUUGUGCCUGUGUUUCAUGUUCUAAUGCUCGAAAAUUUGUUUUUAUUUAUUGUACUAUUUCUGACCGAAUUGCAUCAUAUCAGCCCAAAAGAACUGUUGGCACCAUUCUCAAAUAAAUAUCACCCACGCAACACAAUUUAUUGGAUGACGUAUGACCACAACACUAGAGCAUGACAAUCCUAAUAUUUAGGUACAAUUCUAAACACAAACCGAAUUUUUUUUUUUUUUAAUACAUCACACAGACAUGCAUCAGCUUUGAGCAAACAGUUCAAAGAAGUGCUCCCUUCUCGAUGUUUUGGAACAGUGAAAACAAUCCCUUUCACGACACAAUACACGUAGUCUGAAACCAUUUGGGCUUGACAUCAAAAAAUGACUAUGAGCUCAGCAGUUGAUCUUUUCUUUCCAGGUACUUGUAUUGAGAUUUGUUGUGCUGCUU